ACUCUGUGUUUGGCCUUCCUGCAGCACAUAACAGCUCCCCAAACUAUUGAUUUCACACUUUACCAGCGUUUGACACCGCAGCGGGACUUCAUAUUGUCAGACUGUGACUGCGCUUGUUGUUUGUGGAAGAAGGGGUGGAAAGGCCCGGCACACGUCUUACUCAAAGUGUUAUCACUUAAUGAUGUGAAACUCAUGGCUGGACUGAUCACUGAACAUAUUCCCUGCUGUGUUCACUAUCCUCUGGAUCAUUUCACAUCUCCGACUCUAUGUGCUCACAGUGAGCACAGUAUAAAUCACAGUCAGCAACAGGUUGGAUUGGAGUCAUCCGUCACCCUGGGAAUUUGCAAUGUGAGCUCAUGAGUAACAUUAAACCUCCCUCGGCCUGUGUAGGUAGUUGUGCUGGCCUUUGCUUUUGUUUUUCAGGGCCAGUACUCGUAGAUAAUGACAUUAUCUCAGUAAACUCGACACCAGGAGAGAACUCUACCCUAGGCUCGUAUUCUUUAUGAUGUGGUAAAUCUUGCGAUACUGACACCGUCUGUAGUUGCGAUGGCUGCUGCUUCCUCUUUAGAGAAGAAUCAGCCCCUCCUCCAGCUCCAGGAGGUGGACUCCAGUCGAGUUGACAGUCGCGUCCUCGCUCCGGUCCUCAGCUCCUCCUCUCCUGGCCUGUCCCUGGAAACCAGCCAACCCAUCUGCAUCGCUUCCCCUUACACUGAAUUUGGCCACGACUUCACCACCAUACCUUUCUACAGUCCAGCUAUCUUCAGUUAUGCCAGUCCGGGCAUUCCAGAUGGCCCCUCUGUCCAUCAGUCACUAAGCCCCUCCAUAUUCUGGCCCAGCCACGGCCGCGUGGGGCCACCCGUACCCCUGCACCACUCCCCGGCUCGGACUCAGCACGGGCAGCCAAUCCAGAGUCCAUGGGUGGAGCUGUCGCCGCGGGACACUGUCUUUACAACCAGUAAGAGUGUGAAGAGGCGUUCUCAGGAGAGCGAGGAGGCGGUGGUGUCAUCCGGCGGGAAGGUGGACCUCCACUACUGUGCUGUGUGUAACGACCACGCCUCGGGCUACCACUACGGCGUCUGGUCGUGUGAGGGGUGUAAGGCCUUCUUCAAGAGGAGCAUCCAAGGACACAAUGACUACAUCUGCCCCGCAACCAAUCAAUGCACUAUAGACAAGAAUCGCCGUAAGAGCUGCCAGGCGUGCCGCCUUCGCAAAUGCUGCGAAGUUGGUAUGACCAAGUGUGGUAUGCGAAAGGAGCGUGGAAACUACAGGAACCCCCAGACGAGGCGAGUGACCCGUCUGUCCUCACAGGGCAGGACCAACAGACCGAAGGCGUUAAGCGGACCAACGGUGGGUUUGUUACCCGCACCCCACCCUCCUGCACUGACCCCAGAGCAGCUGAUUGGGCAGAUAAUGGAGGCGGAGCCGCCGGAGAUCUACCUCAUGAAGGACAUGAUGAGGCCGCUGACUGAAGCCAACGUCAUGAUGUCGCUCACCAACCUGGCUGAUAGGGAGCUGGUUCACAUGAUCAGCUGGGCCAAGAAGAUUCCAGGGUUUGUAGAGCUCAGCCUCUUGGACCAGGUGCACCUGCUGGAGUGCUGCUGGCUGGAGGUGCUGAUGAUCGGACUGAUGUGGAGAUCAGUGGACCAUCCAGGGAAACUUAUCUUCUCCCCUGACCUCGGCCUGAGCAGAGAAGAGGGGAACUGUGUCCAGGGCUUCUCAGAAAUCUUUGAUAUGCUGUUGGCUGCUACGUCCAGGGUGAGAGAACUCAAGCUCCAGAAGGAGGAGUAUAUCUGCCUCAAGGCCAUGAUCCUCCUUAACUCCAACAUGUGCCUCAGCGUGACCGAGGGCAGCGAGGAGCUGCAGAGUCGCUCCAAGCUCCUACGACUUCUGGACGCUGUGACGGACGCUCUGGUGUGGGCCAUCGCCAAAACCGGCCUCACCUUUCGCCAACAGUACACCCGCCUCGCCCACCUGCUCAUGCUGCUCUCGCACAUCCGCCAUGCCAGUAACAAAGGCAUGGACCACCUCCACUGCAUGAAAAUGAAGAACGUGGUGCCUUUGUAUGACCUGUUGCUGGAGAUGUUGGAUGCCCACAUCAUGCACAGCUCCCGUCUGCCUCGCCAGCCUAUGCAGCAGGAGUCCGGGGACCAGACGGGGGUUCCUGCUCGGCCGCUCAGCUCUCAUAGCGGACCCUCAAACACCUGGACUCCAUAGCAGCACUCUGGAGGUGAACCACAGCAGUCGAAUGCAAUGAAUUGUCACCGCUUUGCACAAAACUAGUUCUGACGAGACGUUUUACUGGAACAUUCUGCUGAAUUUUGUGAACCAUCAUAUGUCGCUCAAGCUUUGACACACUGCGCACUUAUUUUAGUGAACUUCUGGAUGUUAAGACAUCACUCUGCAGACGGACCGAACUUGCAGUAUUCUGUGCCUUAUCAUCCCCACAAAAAAA